AUGAUCAAGUAUCAAGGUUUCUACUACUACGAUGAAGAUGAAAUUCCUACAUUAAGAAAUGCCAUCACCUUUCAAAAACACUUUGCUGCUCGAGACACUGAUAUCUUCUUUAUUAGCCCUGCGAAAACAGGUACAGGUUGGUUAAAAUGUCUGCUUUUCGCUGUUGUUAAUCGUAUAAAUUAUCCAAGUGUUGAUCAAAUCCCUUUACACUCCCAUCUUCAUGGAGAUCAGCUUGUACACAGCGUAGACUUCUUACCACCAACCAUAUCAUCCUUUACACAUCUUAAUGAGCUUCCGUCACCCAGGCUCCUUAACACUGCUGUCCCUUACACAUCCCUUCCCGAAUCUAUCAAAACUUCAGGGUGUCGGAUUUUGUACCUUUGUAGAAACUCUUAUGACAUGCUUGUCUCAUUCUAUUACUUCUUCAUAGACUACGCUAAGAAGGCCAAGGGAGAUGAUUAUAUACCCCCUACUCUGGAGGAUUGCUACCAAGAUUUUAGUGAGGGGAAAUUUGUUCCUUGCCCUUUCUUUGAGCACGUUCGUCAGUAUUGGGAGGCUAGUACAGAGAGAACAGACAAGGUAUUGUUCCUGCAGUACGAGAAUCUGAAAACCGAGCUCACAAUUCAACUGAAGAUGUUGGCUGAGUUUGUAGGAAUGCCAUUUUCUUCCCAAGAAGAAAAUGAUGGUAUCAUACAACAAAUUAUAGACUUGUGUAGCUUUGAAGAUAACAAGGCUGUGAAAGUGUGGGAUUGGACCAAAGACGAUCAGUUUACACCCGACAUGUCGGAAAGGAUGGCUUUACUGAUGCAACAAAAACUUGAGCCUGAACUGUUCUUCAAAUUGAUCCCAUAA